GCCUUUCAACCAUGCCGGAAUCUGCAGACGAAGAACGUUCUCUUAUGGGAGACCCGAAACAGACAUACGGAAUUCACUCGUCUGCUGCAUCGCGCAAGUCCGCAAAGCGCUCAUGGAGACAAGUACCGUCGGGCUACUCAUCUCGGGCAGGCUCGGACAGCGAGGACUACGAGCCUUAUGGAAAUUCAUCUCGUCACAAGAGACCGCCGUUAUCAGCAUUAUCAAGCUUUAUCAAUUCAAGACACUUGGACACGCCCAAUCUAGUGCUUCCAGCUCUAGACCCAAGAGCCGAGGAAGUAAAGGCAUCGAUGAACAUAAAGCGAUCUUUAGAACAAAUGCUUCUUCGGAAAUCUCAUCAAGUUAACCUCAGCACAGUCCGCUCUAAAUAUCGCUUUAGUCGCAAGAAAGCAAGAGAUGGAAAACUGGACACACGAAGCUUGUACGAUCGUGCUAGGAUAUUUUUCAACGAUUACGCUCGACCACUCAAGAGGGUACUUUUUGCGAAGAAUGCUAUAGUCCUUUUUGUAUACCUUGAUUUAUUGGUGGACAUCAUGUUUUGUACGGCUUAUCUAGUGGAACUGAAACAAGAGAAGGAUGUUGGUAUACCACCACCGUGGUUGUACAAAUAUAGAGCAUGGGAUCUAUGGAUCUUUUGUCAAUUCUUGAGUUUUUGGGAUAUUGGAAGUUUUUUAAUGCGUGUACUCUUAGCCGGUGAUAGAUGGCACGUGGUAUUCAGCGCAAGAUCUGUGAUCGAAGUGUCAACUACGCUUCCGUUUGUUAUAUCAAUGUUCAUAGAGAAUGGUCAAUAUCUUUACAUACCCUAUUUUUUGAGAAGUUGGGUCCUUAUUCUACGCAUCAAAAGUGCGAUGAAUAUAAGGAUGAAUCUUCAAAUGACAGACAAACCAUUUAAUCCUGUCAAGGGCAAAUUGAUUCAAUUGGUUUGCACUCUACUUGUCUUGAUUUUCAAUGGCGUAUCGGCUUUCCGGUACGUUGAGGUAACAUUUGGUAACCAAGACCUGUCGCUUGUGGACACUUUAUACUUUGUCAUGGUGGUUAUGUCAACGGUCGGUUUCGGAGAUAUUACCCCACAAACGGAGGCUGGUCGAAUAGUCAUUGUGCUGUUGAUUCUUUGCUCUGUCGCAGUUCUUCCUAGUUUGAUCACCGGUGUUGUGGACACCAUCUAUAAACAACAAGCUGGUGGUGGACACUUUGUUCCUGGUGGUUAUCCAUUUAUUCUUCUGGUUGGUACUUUUACUGCUGAGCAAGCAGCAGAUAUCCUGGAUGGCUUCUUUGGCAUGGGUGAUACUCAUAUAAACGUUGUUUUCCUUGAUACUCGACCUCCAACGGACGAGCUCAAAGCCAUGGAGAGAAAUUCUAUGUGGGGACAUCGAGCACGUUUCCUCUGUGGUUCUGCAAUGAGCGAAAAAGACCUUAGGCGGGCUCAAGCAAGAUAUGCAAAGGCUAUCUUUACUGUUUCAGAUCGAAAAGCUCUUGAUCCUCUCAAGGAAGACGAACGAAAUACAACGCGAUUGUGGUCAUUGUACUGUUAUACCGCUGAUCACAACAUACCAAUAUAUUCAUGUAAUCUGUCGCCAUCGACGGGUCUCUAUCAAAAAGUUGCAACCGAAGUAAUUUGCGUUCGGGAAUUCAAACACUAUCUUCUUGCUCUUAACGUGCGUUGCAGGGGAGCGUCCACUCUGAUCACCAACCUCCUUCACCAGAGGCAACCAUUCAACGAAUACGAUGAACCAUGGCAAGCACAGUUUGACGACGGAGCCAGUAAUGAGAUUUAUACUGCAGCUCCAGCUGACGCUAUUGUCGGUCUUCCAUUUACAAGGGCUACUUGGUUACUGUUCAAAGAAUGCCAAGUUAUUCUUUUUGCUAUUAAAACCCUUGAUAUCAUAACAGGGUCAUACGAGGUCAUUUUAAAUCCUGGAAAGCAUGUCAUCCGAGAAAAUGAUUUAUGCGUAUACAUUGCGGAAAGUAUCAAAGAAGUUCGAGAUGUCAACCAGCUGUCUGCUGAAUUUGUCAACGAAACUAUCAAAGGUUUAGAGCAUGCAAUGCCGAAUGGUCCUACUUUAGGACCCCCACUCGUAUCGUCAACGCCAUCAACGCCUUCAACUUCCACUGAGUCCGUGAAAAAGCAAGCUUUUAGAGUGGGAAAGCUGACCUCAAGAAAACACUCAUUGUUAACCUGCAAACGCCUAUCGUCUAUUGCAUUUGAAACGGACGCUCAAUCGGGAUCGUCAGCGAUGCGUGAUUCCCAGACUCUAUCGUGCUACAUGCUGGAAACUCCUUCACGAUUUGAAGAUAUGCUUAUCAGUAAUGCAGAAAACAUGCGAUCUCACAUUGUGGUUUGUUUGCAUAGAGAAGUUCCUAACCUAUUCCGCUUCAUUCAAAACUUGCGUGCACCCAAUAUUCCAAGAAAUGAACUUCAGGAUAUUGUUUUGCUAUGUCAAAGCCGACCUCGCUCAAGGGUCUAUGAAUUGAUCAAUAUCUUUCCACGUGUAUAUUUUAUGAUCGGAAACUGUCGACACCCAGACGACCUGCUUAGGGCCGGAGUAAAGUGGGCACGCCAAGUAGUGAUUAUGAGUGAAAACGAAAUACCCGAACAACACGAGGCCAAUCCAGACAGUGCAGCGAUUAUGACAAGCCAUGUCGUUGACCUUUUACUCCAGCCUCGACAACCAUCCUCCUACAAUAUCGUUAAUCUCAUUGAGAAAUCCAACAUUCGCUAUAUGCAUUUGCUACAAGAGCGUGACCUAAGCUUCGAUGUGGUUGAUUCCUCGGCAUUCGCUGCAGGCGACGUGGUAGUGGAAAACCUUUUGAGCCAUGUUCUGCUAAGCCAAGUAUAUUAUCAACCAGACAUUGUUGCUAUCAUCAAAACCUUGUGCGGCAUGGGAGAAUGGUCCUCAGAAAACAGUCAAUUUGCACCUUAUCUAGCCAGCAUACAGAUUCCCGAUGAGUAUGUGAACAAGUCCUUUGCUGAACUGUUUGAAUCUCUACUGCUCAGACAAGGUGUAAUACCAAUUGGUAUCCUUCGCGCUCCCGAUAUCAAUUUUGGCAACGAUUUGCCAUUCGUAUAUACCAAUCCCGUCCCAUCUCUCAUCUUGAAAGAGACAGACAGCAUCUAUAUCUUAACUGCCGGUAAGCAGCCACCAGCCGUGCUGUAAAAUAAUAGAAAAACAGGUGUUUAUUUGUCAACGUUUACUGGUAUUUACAAUUGGUAUUCUCU